AUGUUCCUGCGGACCGUGGCCGCCUGUCUCGUGCCCUGCCGGGCCGCGCUCCGGACUGCCGGGGCUCCGCGCAUGCUACAUCGUGCCCACCCGCUCGCGAUCAAGAAGAAUCGCAUUCCCCCCCGACCAAAAUGGACACCCGAGAUGGAAGCCUCCAUAGAGGAGAAGUUCCUGCACGGAGGCCGCGGGCCCGGCGGGCAGAAGAUCAACAAGUGCAACAGCAAGGUGCAGUUGCGCCAUGUGCCCUCGGGGAUCGUGAUUGAGUGCCAGGCAACCCGCAGCCGCGAACAGAACCGCAAGCUGGCCCGCGAGAAGCUAGCCGCCGCGCUGGCGCAGCCCCCCGGUAGCGCCAGCGAACGCGAGCUGGCGUUGCGCACGUGGGCGCGGCAGGGUAAGCACGCGCAGGCGCGCAAGAGCCGCGAGAAACACGAGCGCGCCCGCGCCGAACGCGAGGAGCUCGCGCGCGCCCGCGACGCGGAGGACGCCGAACUUCUGCGUCAGCUGCUCGCGAAGCCGCCCGCCACCUCCUAG